AUGGAUCAAGAUAUAUCAUAUUCAACCACCGUUGAACUUUCGAUAGCCUGCAGAAAUUUGUGCGACACUGGUGUUUUGUCGAAAUCCGACCCACUUGUUGUUGUGUUUGAAAAGUCAUUCCCUGAUAAUCAAUGGGUUGAACUAGAUAGGACGGAAAUCAUACAUAACCAUUUAAAUCCUGAUUUCGCUAAGAAGAUUGUCAUGGAAUAUCAUUUUGAGGAGCAACAACGUUUAAAUUUUGUUGUGUAUGAUGUCGAUUGGAAGUCAGAUAAGUUGGAAAAACAUGAAUUUCUUGGCAAUUGUGAGACAACUCUUGGUGAAAUUGCGUCUUCUGGAAAGAUAAGUAAACUCUUAAAAAAUGGUCCUUCGAGUAAUUGUGGGUCAAUUAUUAUUUCCGCAGAGGAAGUUUCUUCUUGUAAAGAUGAAUUGACACUUGACAUUUCUGGGAGGAUGCUAGAUAAAAAAGACAUAUUUGGAUCAUCUGAUCCUUUCCUCGCAUUUUACAGGGUAAAUGAAGACAGAAGUCGAACAGUCGUUUAUAGAACAAAAGUGAUAAGAAACACAUUGAAUCCAAACUGGGAGCAGAUGAUUAUACCAUUAAGGCUUUUAUGUAAUGGAGAUCAUUACAGACCCCUGGUCAUUGCUUGCAUUGACUGGAACAGGAGUGGAAGAGAAAGUUUGAUUGGCGAAAUUACUACAUCUGCUAAUGAAUUGUUAACUAUGUUUAAUAAUGGGAUAUAUUCACUUGAUCUUAUUAAUCCCCACAAAGCUAAAAGGCAUAAACAUUACCAGAAUUCUGGAACUCUGCAUUUGAAUUUGGUCAGGAUCGAAAAAGUAUACAGCUUUCUGGAAUAUGUCCAAGGAGGUACUGAACUAAGCUGCUGUAUUGCAAUAGAUUUUACAGCAAGUAAUGGUAGUCCACAAGUUCCCGGUACAUUACAUUACAGCACAGUUACUCAACCAUCACAGUACGCGGUCGCUUUACAAGCUGUAGGAGAAAUAAUCAGUGAUUACGAUAGUGAUAAUCUAUUUCCUUCAUUUGGAUUCGGUGCUUGUAUUCCACCUGAUAAUAAUGUGUCACAUUGCUUUCCCCUGAAUGGACAUAUGGAUAAUCCGUACUGUGAGGGUAUUCAAGGUGCAAUGGCUGCUUAUGCCCAUUCAUUGAGAACAGUAAAGUUCCAUGGACCAACAAAUUUUGCUCCAAUCAUUAACACAGUAGCUAGUAUUGCUCGUCAGUCUGUCGAUGGUUCUCAAUACUCCAUUUUACUGAUUCUCACUGAUGGGAUCAUAUCAGAUUUGCCUCAAACAAAGGCUGCUAUAGUAAAUGCGUCCAGUUUACCUUUAAGUAUCAUUAUUGUUGGCGUCGGUCCUGCAAAUUUCGACGAAAUGGAAGAACUUGAUGGUGAUGAAGUAAGACUAAGUUCUCGUGGAAAAACGGCGAUUCGUGAUAUUGUUCAGUUUGUUCCUUUUCGUAAUUUCCACCAGUUGAAUAAUGUUCAAGAGAGUAAAAGACGUUUAACUAAAGCUGUUCUCUCAGAAAUCCCAGAUCAAUUGGUUUCUUAUAUGCGAAUGCAAGGAAUUAAACCGUUGAAUACACAAAAUAAUGAUUUUAAGAUAGGAACACAUUCAGAAUUCAGGGAUUCAAGUUGUAAAAUGUAUCAUUCAGAUAAAUUGCCUCACACUCCACCUUAUCCUACUGAUAUUGCUAAUCCACCUUAUCCAAAUUGUUAA